GAAUGCAAUGUAAUGUUCUCCCAUAGGCCCAUCGCCAGUCCAUUCCAGAGCCUGUACCUAUCGGUAGCCUUGGAGACGGAAUAUCACGUCGAAAUGAAAUCUCUUUGCCGUCAACUAUGAGUUGAAAUACAGAAUUUCGGACGUGGGCUCUGGGAGACUCCGGUGUUGAGAUAACGGACCAGGUCGCUGCCAUGGGCCGGUACCAACUCUUUGUGCCUUUAGUUAUGUCCACGUUCUGUCACAUACUCUCCACGACCGCUUGGUCUGUCAAUAACUUCUUGAUGACAGGACCAAAGGCCUACCUCAUAUACACGAGCAGCGUGCAGGCUGGCGCGCAGAGCGGGAUGCAGGAGUGCAAACGCCAGUUCGAGUGGGACCGAUGGAACUGUCCCGAGAGCGCCCUGCAGCUGUCCACCCGUAACGCGCUCCGGAGCGCUACCAGAGAAACGGCUUUUGUUCAUGCUAUAAGUGCAGCCGGGGUAAUGUUUACUCUCACAAAGAACUGUAGCCUGGGAGACUUCCAUAACUGCGGCUGCGAUGAUACGAAAAUUGGACAAAUUGGUGGAAGAGGGUGGAUGUGGGGCGGCUGCAGUGACAAUGUGGAUUUUGGGGAAACGGUUUCCAAAGAGUUUGUGGACGCGCUCGAGACGGGCCACGACUCUCGAGCCGCAGUGAACCUGCACAACAACGAGGCCGGCAGACUGGCCAUUAAGGCCACGAUGAAGAGAUCGUGUAAGUGUCACGGGGUGUCAGGCAGCUGCAGCAUCCAGACUUGCUGGUUGCAGCUCUCGGAUUUCCGGGACGUCGGUAACUACCUGAAGGUCAAGCACGAGCAGGCGCAGAAAUAUGAGACUGACAGGAGACGGAUGCGCGCCGGGAACAGCGCCGUUAACAGGGGCGACGCGUUCAGCACCAUCGCGCGGACAGAGCUGGUGUACCUGGAGGACUCCCCGGACUACUGCAGGACCAACGCGAGCCUCGGGCUGCAUGGAACCCAGGACAGGGAGUGCCUGCAGAGCGGGAAUGACCUGUCCCAGUGGGAGAAGCGCAGCUGCCGCAGGCUCUGCCACGACUGCGGCCUCCGGGUGGAGGAGAGGCGGACGGAGGCCGUCAGCAGCUGCAACUGCAAGUUCCACUGGUGCUGCACGGUCAAGUGCGAGAGCUGCACCCAGGUGGUGACGAAAUACUUCUGCGCCAGAAGGGACAGGAGCCGCAGGCCUGCCAACAGCGCGCGGAAGCGUAAUCGCGCGCACGACGGCUGAUGCGUGCGACAGACAAUGCAAAUACUUCACUUGAGUUUUGGCAAACCCACUCCAGGAUGCUGAAACCAUGAACGAUCCGGUUUUACCAUUUAAAUAUGCCAUAACAUUAAGAGUUAUAUAUUUAUUUUCACAGUCUAUG